AUGAGAAGGAAGAUAACAUGUAAAAUAGUAUAUCAUUUUAUCAAGAUUAUGUUUGGGAUUGUUGUUAUUCUCGUUUUGUAAAAAGUGAAGUCUAAAUGAUCUAAACUUCUAAAUAAGAAUUCCAAUAUACAACAAUUUAAGGAUCUAUCCUUAAAUUGUAAAGAUUUUUAUAUUUAAUUUUAGUGAUAUAAUUUAUAGAAGAUUGAUAGAUAGACUGCUCCAUAGAAUGGAGAAAUUUUAGAAAAUGUUUGGUAGAUGCUACUUUGAAAAAAACGAUGAAGUAAAGUAAGGGUUAUGGAAGGAAUUAAUAAAGAGUUAUUGGAGGUAUUUUUAAUUAAUUAUUAUUUUUAAUUAGUAAGGUUUAAGUCUAUUAAAUUGAAGAAUACUGCAAUGUUUAAAGAACAUGA